UUUGGACAGACAGUCGUGUGCUAGCGACCAAUCGUGAAGGUAGUAAUUUCCUUCUCCAGUACGGUUGUGUUCCAUAGGGAUAGCAAAAGACACGUGGAAAGUUUGCAAACUUCAGAAAAAUCGUAUUUAAGUGCAUUUUGUUUACAUCACACAGAGACAAAUAUUUUUCAUAAACCUCCAAAAUGACGUCGUCAAACUGCUAUUUGGUACUAGAAGACAACACCGUAUUGCCGGGUCAGGCAUUUGGUGCCAAAGCACCCGUCGAUGGUGAGGUGGUCUUUCAAACUGGUAUGGUCGGCUAUCCCGAAUCGAUGACUGAUCGUUCAUAUCGUGCACAAAUACUAGUACUCACCUAUCCACUAAUCGGUAACUACGGCGUGCCAGAUGAGAAAGAGCUCGACGAGCAUGGCUUGCCGGUUAAUUUUGAAUGGUUCGAAGGUAUUACACUGGCUGCGCUGGUGGUGGGCGAAGUGUGUGAGUCACCCUCACAUUGGCGUGCCAAACAGACGCUGUCACAGUGGAUGGAGGGACACGGUGUACCAGGCAUUAGUGGCAUUGAUACACGAGCACUGACGAAAAAAAUACGCGAAAAUGGUUCCAUAUUGGGACGUAUCGUGUACGAGAAACCUACGAAUUUGGCUGGUCUAACAUUCGCUGAUCCAAACUUGCGUAAUUUGGUAGCCGAGUGUUCGGUCAAGGAGCCACGCGUCUUUAACGCCAGCGGUUCGCCACGCAUUUGUGCGAUCGAUUGUGGUUUGAAGCUGAAUCAGAUUAAGUGCUUUGUGUCGCGUGGUGCGCGUGUCGAUUUGGUGCCUUGGAAUUAUGCGCUGAAAGAGGAGGAGUUUGAUGGACUUUUCAUUAGUAACGGUCCAGGUGAUCCGGUUGUGUGUAAGGAUACAGUUACGCAGAUACAAAGGGUAUUGAAAAAUGGCAAGAAACCGAUCUUUGGCAUUUGUUUGGGUCAUCAAUUGCUCGCCACUGCUAUUGGUUGUAAGACAUACAAAAUGAAAUAUGGCAAUCGUGGACACAAUCUGCCAUGUGUACAUAACGGCACUGGACGGUGUUUCAUGACCUCACAGAAUCAUGGUUUCGCGGUGGAUAGCAACACAUUGCCAGCUGAGUGGGAGCCACUCUUCACAAACGCCAACGACAACACCAAUGAAGGUAUCAUCCACACAAGCAAACCAUACUUCUCGGUACAAUUCCAUCCUGAGCAUACAGCUGGCCCUGAAGAUUUAGAACUGCUCUUCGACAUUUUCCUCGAUGCUGUCAAGCAAAACAGCGGUGACGUGAGCUUACGGCAGAAUUUAAUCAAUCGCCUUAAAUACACCCCACAGCUCGAUACCAUUCCCGAAAAGCGUCCACGUAAAGUCCUCAUUUUGGGUUCCGGUGGUCUGUCGAUAGGACAAGCCGGCGAAUUCGACUAUUCCGGCGCACAAGCGAUCAAAGCAAUGAAAGAGGAGAAAAUACAAACGGUGCUGAUAAAUCCCAACAUUGCCACCGUACAAACAUCAAAAGGUCUGGCCGACAAGUGCUAUUUCCUGCCAUUGACGCCAGAGUAUGUGGAGCAAGUUAUACAAGCGGAGCGUCCAAAUGGCGUACUACUCACGUUCGGCGGUCAAACUGCGCUCAAUUGUGGCAUCGAACUGAAUCGUGCUGGUGUUUUCGAGAAAUAUAAUGUGCAAAUCUUAGGCACACCCAUACAGUCGAUUAUCGAGACUGAGGAUCGUAAAAUAUUCGCAGACCGCGUGGCUGAGAUUGGCGAGUGUGUUGCACCUUCGGAAGCUGUCUACUCAGUGGAGGAAGCAUUGGCGGCCGCCAAUCGUUUGGGUUAUCCAGUGAUGGCGCGCGCUGCAUUCUCAUUGGGUGGUUUAGGUUCUGGUUUCGCAGACAAUGAACGCGAACUCGAGACACUCGCACAUCAGGCAUUGGCAUACUCAAGCCAGCUGAUUAUUGACAAAUCACUCAAGGGUUGGAAGGAGGUGGAAUACGAGGUUGUGCGUGACGCCUUCGAUAACUGCAUAACGGUUUGUAAUAUGGAAAAUCUCGAUCCUUUGGGCAUACAUACAGGCGAGAGUAUUGUGGUGGCGCCAUCGCAGACGCUCUCCAACAAGGAGUACAACAUGUUGCGCAGCACUGCGUUGAAGGUAAUCCGUCACUUCGGUGUAGUCGGCGAAUGCAACAUACAGUAUGCACUCAAUCCACACUCAGAGGAAUACUACAUUAUCGAGGUGAAUGCGCGUCUUUCACGCAGCUCCGCUUUGGCUAGCAAAGCUACAGGCUAUCCAUUGGCAUAUGUCGCCGCCAAGUUAGCGCUAGGCGUGUCGCUACCAUCGAUUAAGAAUUCUGUAACUGGUGUGACCACAGCGUGCUUUGAACCCAGUUUGGAUUAUUGUGUGGUCAAGAUACCGCGUUGGGAUUUGGCGAAAUUCACACGCGUCUGCAAAAAUAUCGGUAGCUCAAUGAAGAGUGUAGGCGAGGUUAUGGCAAUUGGACGCAACUUUGAGGAGGCAUUCCAGAAAGCUUUACGUAUGGUGGAUGGCGGUGUAAAUGGUUUUGAUCCCGAUCAACAUCCAUUGCGCCAGGAGGAACUAACUGAACCGACAGACAAGCGUCCAUUUGUGCUUGCCGCGGCACUGAAAGCCAACUAUGGUGUUGAGGAAUUACAUCAGCUCACCAAGAUUGACAGAUGGUUCUUAAACAAGAUGAAGCACAUUAUAGAGUUUCACAAUAACUUGGAAGAGAUUGGUAAUACACUUUCGGGCGCACAAAUCAUACAAGCUAAACAGAUUGGUUUUUCGGAUAAACAAAUCGCAGCGGCUAUUAAAAGCACCGAAUUGGCGGUACGUAAGCAACGCCAAGAGCUCGGCAUCAAACCGUUUGUCAAACAAAUAGAUACUGUAGCUGGUGAAUGGCCAGCGGCUACCAAUUACCUCUACCUCACCUAUAAUGCUAACGAACACGAUUUAGAGUUCCCAGGCGGUUUUACGAUUGUAGUGGGUUCGGGUGUCUAUCGCAUUGGCUCAUCGGUGGAGUUCGAUUGGUGUGCCGUUGGAUGUUUGCGUGAAUUGCGUAAUCUCGGCAAACCGACAAUUAUGAUCAACUAUAAUCCGGAGACUGUGUCGACCGAUUAUGAUAUGUGCGAUCGUCUAUACUUUGAGGAGAUUUCAUUCGAAGUUGUCAUGGAUGUUUACGAAAUGGAAAAUUCAGAUGGUAUUAUACUCUCGAUGGGUGGGCAAUUGCCAAACAACAUUGCCAUGGAUCUGCAUCGCCAACAAGCCAAAGUGCUCGGCACAUCACCCGAAUCCAUCGAUAGCGCUGAGAAUCGCUUCAAGUUCUCACGCAUGUUGGACCGUAAAGGCAUAUUGCAACCACGUUGGAAAGAGUUGACGAACUUGAAGAGCGCCAUUGACUUUUGUGAAGAAGUUGGCUAUCCAUGUCUCGUGCGUCCAUCCUACGUGCUUUCCGGCGCCGCCAUGAAUGUGGCAUAUUCCAAUCAAGAUCUGGAGACCUACUUGAAUGCUGCAUCACUCGUAAGCAAAGAGCAUCCUGUGGUCAUAUCGAAAUUCUUGACAGAGGCUAAAGAAAUCGAUGUGGACGCCGUGGCUGCGGAUGGUGAAAUUUUGUGUAUGGCCGUUUCAGAGCAUGUGGAGAAUGCUGGAGUACAUUCGGGUGACGCCACUUUGGUAACACCACCACAAGAUUUAAAUCACGAAACCUUAGAAACAAUCAAGCGUAUUACACGCGAUUUGGCCGCACUGCUCGAUGUCACCGGUCCAUUCAACAUGCAGUUGAUUGCCAAAAAUAAUGAGCUCAAAGUGAUUGAGUGCAAUGUGCGGGUCUCACGUUCAUUCCCCUUCGUAUCGAAGACAUUGGAUCAUGAUUUUGUAGCAACUGCAACGCGUGCCAUUAUUGGCAUAGAAGUGGAACCGGUGGAGGUGUUGCAUGGCGUUGGUAAAGUCGGUGUGAAAGUGCCGCAAUUCAGUUUUUCACGUUUGGCCGGUGCCGAUGUGCAGUUGGGUGUGGAAAUGGCUUCGACCGGUGAAGUGGCUUGCUUUGGUGACAAUCGCUAUGAGGCCUACUUGAAGGCUAUGAUGUCCACCGGUUUCCAGAUACCGAAGAAGGCCAUUCUACUCUCGAUUGGCAGUUUUAAGAACAAAAUGGAACUAUUGUCUUCGAUCAGAGACUUGGCAAAGAUGGGCUACAAACUGUAUGCCUCCAUGGGUACUGGUGAUUUCUAUGCAGAACAUGGCGUUGAUGUGGAAUCCGUUCAGUGGACUUUCGAUAAGCAAUCACCGGAAGAUCCCAACGGCGAGCUGCGUCACUUGGCUGAGUUCUUAGCGAAUAAACAAUUUGAUAUGGUUAUAAAUUUGCCGAUGCGGGGAGGAGGCGCAAGAAGAGUGUCCUCCUUCAUGACACACGGCUAUCGUACACGUCGUCUCGCUGUCGACUACUCCAUUCCACUGGUGACUGAUGUUAAGUGUACCAAACUUUUGGUUGAAUCCAUGCGCAUCACGGGCCGUCGUCCAGCAAUGAAGACACAUACCGACUGCAUGACUUCGCGGCGCAUUGUUAAACUGCCUGGUUUCAUUGAUGUGCACGUCCAUUUGCGAGAACCUGGCGCCACACACAAGGAAGAUUUCGCCACUGGUACUGCAGCCGCGUUGGCUGGUGGUGUCACAUUAAUUUGCGCUAUGCCCAAUACAAAUCCAUCAAUUGUGGAUCGUAAUAGCUUCCAGGUCUUCCAAGACUUAGCAAAGGCCGGUGCUCGCUGCGACUAUGCGCUUUAUGUUGGCGCUUCCGACACAAACUGGCAACACAUUGGUGAAUUGGCCUCACAGGCUUGCGGUUUGAAGAUGUAUCUGAAUGACACGUUUAGCACGUUGAAAAUGACCGAUAUGACUGUGUGGGAGAAACACAUGCAAAACUGGCCGAAACGUGCACCGAUUGUGUGCCAUGCCGAGCGUCAAACUAUGGGCUCCGUUAUACUAAUGGCUCACUUACUGGAUCGUCCUGUGCACAUUUGUCACAUUGCGCGUAAGGAGGAGAUUAUGCUAAUACGCGCUGCAAAGGAAAAGGGCAUACGCGUGACCUGCGAAGUUUGUCCACAUCACUUAUUCCUCUCCACAGAUGACAUACCCGCUAUUGGUGAUGGGCGUGCAGAGGUGCGUCCUGUUUUAUGCACACCAGAGGAUCAGCAAGCGCUGUGGGACAAUAUGAACUUUAUCGAUGUCUUUGCCACGGAUCAUGCGCCGCAUACGUGGGAGGAGAAGAACUCUGAGAAGCCACCACCAGGUUUCCCCGGUUUGGAAACCAUACUACCACUUUUGCUCAAAGCUGUGGACGACGGUCGCCUAACAUUGGAGGACAUACAGAAUAAAUUCUAUCGCAAUCCGAAACGCAUCUUCAGUCUACCCGAACAGCCCAACACCUACAUCGAGGUCGACUUGGAUGAGGAAUGGACGAUAAAUAGAGAAGAAAUGCAUUCGAAGGCGAAAUGGACACCGUUUGAGGGUAUGAAAGUGAAGGGUAAAGUGCAUCGCGUUGUCUUGCGCGGUGAAGUCGCUUUCGUUGAUGGUGAGGUACUCGUACAACCCGGUUUCGGUCAAAAUAUACGCGGUCAAUAUGGACGCAAAUCGCUGAUGCAACAAUCCAUGGAAUCGCUGGAUAUUUAUGCCUCCACUGACGCGCUCGACAAGCCGCAAGAUCGUAGUACCGAUUUUCUUUCCGAUUCACAGGCCAACGAAGCAUUCGCUAAGCUACUGGCCGAACCACCAACGAAAGUGCACUUUGCCGGUGACCCCAGUUUGUUGCGUCCCAUCUCUCCAUUGCCACGCAUACGUUGCGACUCAGCCAGCAAUGCGACGUUGCGUGAGCUGCUGCCCAAAAGCCAUCCCACCGCAGCGCCAAUCAGUCCCGUGGUACACAGUUUGCUCAACAAACACAUACUCUCCGUCGACAUGUUCAGCAAGGAGCAUUUGAAUGAAAUCUUCAAUUUGGCGCAAAUAUUGAAGAGCCGUGUCUCUAAAGAUCGUCCGCUGGAUGACAUUUUGCGUGGCAAGAUUAUGGCUUCCAUUUUCUAUGAGGUGAGCACAAGAACCAGUUGUUCCUUCGCGGCAGCCAUGCAGCGUUUGGGCGGACGCGUUAUCUACAUGGAUCAGACAAGUUCAUCGGUGAAGAAGGGUGAAACUUUGGAGGACAGCAUCUCAGUCAUGGCAGGUUACUCCGAUGUGAUUGUGUUGCGUCAUCCAGAACCGGGUGCAGUUGCGCGCGCCGCUAACCACUCACGUAAACCCAUUCUCAAUGCCGGCGAUGGCGUGGGCGAGCAUCCAACCCAAGCUCUGCUCGACAUCUUUACCAUUCGUGAGGAAAUCGGUACCGUUAAUGGUCUUACAAUCACAAUGGUUGGCGAUCUAAAACAUGGCCGCACUGUCCACUCUUUGGCGCGCCUCCUCACACUGUACAAUAUCACUUUACAGUAUGUGAGCCCACCAAAUCUAGGCAUGCCUGAGGAAAUUGUACGCUACUUAGCUACAAAAGGUGUCCUACAGAAGACUUUUAAUUCUAUGGAAGAAGCUUUGCCCACUACAGAUGUACUUUACAUGACACGCAUACAGAAGGAACGUUUCGCCACAGAGGAGGAAUACAAGAAGGCAUGUGGUCACUUUGUUGUCACUCCUAAGCUAAUGACGCUGGCGAGCCGUCGCACAAUUGUUAUGCAUCCAUUGCCACGUGUCUUCGAGAUCAGCAAGGAGUUCGACUCAGACCCGCGUGCCGCCUACUUCCGUCAAGCGGAGUAUGGUAUGUAUGUGCGCAUGGCAUUGCUAGCGAUGGUCGUGGGUUCGAGAAACUGAGAAACAGCAGCCAUAUUUUCCUUCCACAAUCCACAAUGCGAAAUAAAAGACAUUUUUGGUAUAGUUAUGUGUGUGAUUUUACAUAUAUUUUUUAUAAUUUGUGUAAUCUUUUAUAAACUAAGAAGUAUAUUUUGUAAUAAAACAUUUUGUUGAAAUAUUAAACAAAAAAAAAUA